AUGUGGAAUGACAUAGUUGGAUGCCAUUUGCAACAUUUGAUCUCUGCCGACCUCGUUCCGGAUGUGUUGGUCAUCCAGGCUUUUCUCGCUACUGAGGAGCAUCAUGGCUAUUGUUUCGAGGUUUCUGCUACUGCUGCUAGGGCGCAAAAUAUUGAGGUGCAUCAAUGGUACAUGGCCAAUUCCAAAGCUAAACUUCAUAUUGUCAGCGGUGUGACCCAGAUGCUAUACAAAGACUAG